AUGAACAUUUUUAAAUGUCUUAAUGAAAAUGAGUAGUCAAAUAAUGAAAGUUCAGAAAUUGAGAAGCCUUAAGAAAAAAAAGAGCUUAGGCCUCGAAAUAAUUUAGUCCCUGGAGCCUUUUAGGAAUAUAAACGAACUUAUAUCAAAGUACCAUCUAAUUCAAAGGAAUAACUUGCAUAGCUGGUAUUCAAGGAAGGUUUUAAAAUCAAAGAUGUAUUAUACUGAAUUGACAAUAUAAUAGGCUGCUAAAAAAUUGAGUAUCAAAUAUGCGACUGCUAAGACUAUAAUAUUCCAUAUGCGUAAAGGAAACAUAAAAAAUAUAAAGAUGAAGCACAAAAAAUGCAGAUAUACCUAAAUAUUAGAAAAUAAAAUACUAAAAUACAAAAUUAUUUCCACUCUUUCAAGUAGGAUAGUAUCUUCAAAGGAAUUUAUUAUUUAAUUUCAGCCAAGUGUCUAGAAUUAAGAAUUUAAAAUGAUAUGA